UGGAUUGAAAACGUGUUUCACUGCAUCGACAAGAAGGUCUUGAGUCUGUCCAUGCAUCCGUGCAUCCAUGCAGCCAUAGCAACGCACAUCACCAGAGAGACAGUUUUCGAAAGCCACCAGUAAGGCAGGCAGGCACCAUGCAGAGAAGCCGAAGAGCGUCCAUUGCGUCAGAGGAUAUACAGACAGACUCGCAUCCAUCCAUCCGUCCAGCCAUCCAGCCUAUUGAGCAGCAAUGCGUUGCAAACCGUUGUGUUGUGUGUCUCUCAGAGUCUCUGUCUGGUAUUUGUCUGUUGCACCUCUGGGAAGUGUGUAUCACCCGUGCCAGAAUAUCCCUCAUGCAUACGUGCGCAUCCAUUCAUCCCUCCCUUGCUGUGUCUUGCGGAUUGAUCAGAUAAGAGGUCGGGGGCUCUUGUCGUUGUUGUCGAUGCCGUUGUCGUCCACGGGCGGCUUGAUGAGUGCCAGCAGGUUGGCCGCCAUCCUGCGACGCCGCUGCUCCCGAAGCACGAAGGCCGGCAUCGGCACGUUCUCCCUGCAUGCGCACAUCAUUGCAAAUGACAUUGUCCGCUCCGUCUCCCUCCUCAGUUGCGUACGGGUGUGGCGAGCGCUUAAAUUCUGGGCGGUACCAGCGCUUCGGGCGGCGCUCGUCGGGUAUCGGGGGCUCGCCAUAAUCCAUCACGUUGACGUUGAAUGGCUCCCGGGCCUCCUCGUCGUUGAGGAGGCGGACGCCGGGAACCCACAGGGCCAGGCGGCUGCCGACGACACGAGUCGACAUGCGAACGAUGCUGUGCGAGUUGAUUUGCACUGAGAAGGGGCGAGAUUGCUGUUGUUGUGGCG